GUGGAGCCCGGGUAGUAUAGGCUGGACCUUUCACUAGGUGGAGUUUAGCUCAGACAUAAAUACACUUCUUCUGCCCAUAAAACGCCCCUACAGCCACACAGUCAGACUAACUUCUCCCCUCUGAGGCCUCUCGACAGAACCAACUCUCCCAACAUGUCUUUCAUCCAAGCCUUCUUGCAGCAGACAGUUUAUCUGGGCAUGCCCGAUGAGUCACUCCUCAAGAACGAGGGAACGGUGACUGCUGCUUCAAACUUCAACCCCAGUGCAGACGCUGGAGUCCUGGAGAAAGCCAUCAAGACUAAAGGCGUAGAUGAGCACACCAUCAUCGAUGUUCUGGUCAAAAGGAGCAACGAGCAGAGACAGCACAUAAAAGAGGCGUACCAACAGGCCUAUGGGAAGCCCCUGGAAACAGAACUGAAAAAGGCCCUGAAAGGCGAUCUGGAGGAAGUGGUGCUGGCUCUGCUGAAGACACCGGCGCAGUACGACGCCCAGCAGCUGAAGCUGGCGAUGAAGGGUCUUGGGACAGAUGAGGAUACUCUGAUCGAGAUCCUGGCCUCCAGAACCAACAGGCAGGUCUUGGACAUGAAGAAGGCCUACAAGGAAGACUACAAGAAGGAUUUGGAGGAGGACAUCAGGUCGGACACCAGUGGAGACUUCAGGACUGCCCUCCUUGCUCUCUGCAAGGCUGGCAGGACCGAAGGAGUCAGUGAGCAGCUGAUUGACAGCGACGCCAGGACUCUGUAUGAAGCCGGCGAGGGGAGGAAGGGCAAAGACUGCUCCGCCUUCAUCGAAAUCCUGACCACCAGGAGUGCCCCACACCUCCGCAAAGUGUUUGAUAGAUAUUCAAAAUACAGCAAAGUGGAUGUGGCCAAAGCAAUCGACUUGGAGAUGAAGGGAGAUAUAGAAAGCUGCCUCACAGCAAUAGUGAAAUGUGCUGGAAGCAGGCCGGCGUUCUUUGCGGAAAAACUCUACUUGGCCAUGAAGGGAAAGGGCACCCGCAAACACAUCCUGACUCGCAUCAUGGUGAGUCGUUCUGAGAUCGAUAUGAAGCGGAUCAAGGAUGAGUACAAGAAAAACUACGGCAAAACACUCUACCAGGACAUUCUGGAUGACACAAAAGGGGACUACGAAAAGAUCCUGCUUGCUCUCUGUGGUGAAAACUAAAAGCCUGUCUCUGGGACCAAAAUGGAUAAAGCCAAUGAUAUUCAGCAGCUGUGGAAAAUCCCUUAUUAUCUUUUGACAUGUAUGGUGUCCUAUGCACCCGUGGAAGACUGAGAAGACGUCUCUUCGACUGUCACGACAUUUUGUAAUAAGCAAAAGAUUCUGUUGAAGUUGUCACUGCUUAAACCCGUCCUCAACCCCAAAAUAUUUUGCAUUAUGGCAGCAAAGGUAGCACAUUGUGCUCCUGGACCAAUACUUUAGACUGACUUAGCUUUGCAUUUAUUUCCAGAGGCUCAAAAAGCUUAGGUUCAGUACUGCAGAUUGGCUGAUGUAUGCAGGCUAACUUGUGCCAAUCAUCUAGUUGUAGUGACAUUUUUGAAGGAGCUUUAACAUCUGCAAAUAAAAGCUUUUUUUAUUGAAUAA